AGCAGGAGGAGGAGGAGGAAGAGGAGGAGGGGAAGAGAUAAGUGAUCUAAAGGGGAGACGAUAGGACAAAAAAAAAAGUGAUGAUGAUGAAUACAUUGGAAAGUUUUUUGGCCCCGGCGAGGGUGUCAGAUUGAAUGGCCUGUGCGCAUGUGCGAAGGUAUCACAACUGACAAUGCUGGUGAGAUGAAGAUAGUGUUGUUGCUGCUUCUGGGCUCACGGAGGACGACGAGAGGAAUCUACAAGCCGACAAGAUGAGAUCCAAGGCGAGGGCGAGAAAACUGGCCAAAAAUGACAGUGAGCCAGUGGACAGCAUGUACGACACAGAGGCUGAUCUGCCAGGUUUAGCGGCUGGCAGCGGAGGUGGCGCCGACAGCCCAGAAGACGACGCAGAAGACGGCAUCAUCAACAUGUCCCCCUUGCCCUCACCGACUCCCUCCCAUCCAAACAGCAACCACCACCACCUGCUACACUCCCAUAUCUAUGCCUCCCACCACCACCAUCUCCACAACAAUAGCAGCAGCAGCAAUGACCAGGACUUCACCACACCCAAGGAGGGCUCGCCCUAUGAGGCGCCUGUCUACAUUCCUGAUGACAUUCCCAUUCCCAGUGAACUGGAGCUGCGGGAGUCCUCUGUGCCCGGUGCAGGUCUGGGUGUAUGGGCAAAGACCCGCAUAGGUGCUGGUGAGAGGUUUGGUCUGCACAGCACAAAGCAUCAUGUGGCCACAGGCAAAGACAGUUCCUUUGGAUGGGAGAUGAUGAAUGACCAUGAGGAUGACUCCCCUGAUAGCUGCAUCAAAAAGGUGGUGGAUGACAUGGGCAACGUGAAGUUUUCACUGGACACGGGACCAGAUGCCGCCGGCAACAGCUGGCUCAAAUACGUCCGCUCUGCCCCAUCAUUUGAGGAGCAGAACCUCGCCGCCUGUCAUCUCACAGGAGACCAGAUUUAUUAUAAAGCUGUCCGGGACAUUGAAGCAGGGGAGGAGCUCUUAGUGUAUAUGAAGGACGGUAUUUUCCCUGAGGGAUCCAUGGCACCCAACCUACAAGACGAGCAGAUGUACCGCUGUGAAGACUGUGAUGAGCUGUUCUCCUCAACACUUGAGCUGCGGCGGCAUCAGAAGUAUUCAUGCUCCAGUGCUGGCUCCAUCUUUGACGCACUAAGAGACGACUUCAAACAGGAACGUGAGGACAGCGACGAUCCUGUCCAUGAGUGUAAAGACUGUGAGAAGAUCUUUCCCAAUGAGUACAGUCUGGGACAACACAUGAUAGUUCACACAGAAGAGAGGGAGUACAAGUGCGACCAGUGCCCCAAAGCCUUCAACUGGAAGUCCAACCUCAUCCGUCACCAGAUGUCACAUGACAGUGGCAAGCGCUUUGAGUGUGAAAACUGUGAUAAGGUACAGCAUACCCGCCACGUGUUCACAGAUCCCAGUAACCUUCAGCGUCACAUCCGCUCUCAACACGUGGGGGCCCGCGCUCACACAUGCCCUGAAUGUGGCAAGACCUUUGCCACCUCGUCAGGCCUCAAGCAGCAUAAGCACAUCCACAGUAGUGUCAAACCCUUUAGCUGCCCUGGUGGGCUGCAUCUUUUUGUUCCCCCAGGCGAGGUGUGCCACAAAUCCUACACCCAGUUCUCCAACCUCUGUCGCCACAAGCGUAUGCAUGCUGACUGCCGCACCCAGAUCAAAUGUAAAGACUGUGGGCAGUUGUUCAGCACUACCUCCUCCCUCAACAAGCACCGUCGCUUCUGUGAGGGCAAAAACCAUUAUGGCUCUCCAGCAGGGAUGUUCAACCCUGGCAUCCCCAUGAGCUCCAGCCCAAUCAUGGCUAAGGCUAAGUCCCACCAUCCCCACCUUUCUGGUUUAAACCAGUCAGGUUUAGGCUUCACUGACUACUUUCCUUCCCGACCUCAUCCUCAUGCUGGCUUGCCCUUCUCCCCAGGACCCCACGGCUUCCCAUCCCUCCCACAUGGUUUCCCAGGUAUUUUUCCCCCAUCACUAUAUCCACGACCUCCUUUAUUACCGGCCAGUCCACUGAUAAAGAGCCCGCUGAGCAGCAGCAGUCAGGAGGUGAAGCUGCCUCAGAGUCCUCUAGAUGCUCCUCCAUUGUCUCUAGUUAGUUCCACAAAUGGCAAUGGUGUUAACAGUUUGAGUCAGCACGAAGACAAAGAGAAGGAGAAUAAACUGGAUUUGUCUUCUAGUGGAGAAGCCAAACCAAAAUCAAAGAUGGCAGAUAUGUCUGACGGUAGUGACCUUGAAGAUGUCAAUACCACAAGUGGGACAGAUUUGGACACCACCACAGGUACCGCUUCAGGGGAUGGCUCUGACCUGGAAAGUGAUGGAGAGAGUGAGCGUGAGAGAAGUGGUAAAAGAAGGAAGCCGUCUGGCACUGUAUCAAGCCAAGAGGCACACCAGUUAGAAGACACAAACCGUGCAUUGAUAUCAGCCAUGUCUAGUUCAGGGAACCUGUCGAUUGAUCGUCCGUUUCUUGCUUCUGCAUCGCAGCACUCCUUCUUCCCCCCACCUGAUGAGCAAGCCCUCCCGCCCACAACCACCACAAAUUCCAAUGCAGCCACCACUGAUUCCAUAAAAGCCAUCGCUUCUAUUGCAGAGAAAUAUUUUGGUCCAGGUUUGAUUGGACUUCAUCAGGAGAAGAAGAUGGGUCCACUGCCCUAUCAUUCCAUGUUUCCCUUCCAGUUCCUGCCCAACUUCCACAACACCCUCUACCCUUUUAGUGCUGAUCGAGGUGCUCUCAAUCCUAGCAUGUUUUUUAAAGCAGAGCCCAAGUCGCCUCGUGAGCAACUGCACAAAAUGGUUUCUAGUUCCCCGGCAGCUCCUGCUCCCACAGCAGAAUCACCGUUCGAUCUCACCACGAAACCCAAGGAGGCCAAGAUAGCUCCUUCAACACCAACAAACACCUCAAACCCCAACAAUAGUACUGGGAGCAGUAGUGGACAUUUAGCAAUAUCUAGCAGUGAAGAACAGCCAUUGGACCUCAGCAUUGGCAGCCGGAGCCGAGGGAGUCAUAAUGGUGUGCCAGCUGAGCCCCAUAAUCGAAAGAACCACAUCUAUGGAGGUGGAAAAGGGGUCUCAAUCAAGGAUGAAACUCCAUCUGGUUUUCCACACCCUCAUUCACAGUCUUUGCACCAAUCAACCAUCACCCAGCACCAGCAGCCCCAGGCACAGCCACACCAGCCACCACCACUGCACUAUGCCAAGCCCUCAGCAUUCUUCAUGGACCCCAUAUACAGCAGGGUGGAGAAGAGGAAGCUACUCGACCCGGUAGGAGCUCUGAAGGACAAGUUCCUCCGGCCCUCACCGCCACUCUUCCAUCCCCAGAUGUCAGCAAUGGAGAACAUGACAGAUAAGCUGGACGGCUUUGGAGCACUAAAACUGGACGCACCGCCCAAUUCGCUGCAACACUCGGCCCAUCCGCUGUUCAACUUCCGCUCACCACCACCUUCCCUCUCAGACGCCAUCCUUCGCAAGGGAAAGGAACGCUACGCGUGCAGGUACUGUGGGAAAAUCUUCCCUCGCUCAGCAAAUCUCACCAGACAUUUGCGGACACACACAGGGGAACAGCCCUACAGGUGUAAAUACUGUGACCGUUCAUUCAGCAUCUCAUCCAAUCUUCAACGCCAUGUCCGCAAUAUCCAUAACAAGGAGAAACCCUUCAAGUGUCACUUGUGCAACCGCUGCUUUGGUCAGCAAACCAACCUCGAUCGCCAUCUCAAGAAGCACGAGCACGAGAACAUUCCUGUGAGCCAACAGUCUGGGAUGCUUUCCAACUUAGGAACGACCAUCUCCUCGCCAAACUCAGAGCCAGAAAAUCAUGCACUUUUAGAUGAGAAGGAGGACUCGUACUUCUCAGAAAUCCGCAACUUCAUUUCCAACAGUGAGAUGAACCAGGCCUCCAGCUCCACGGAUAAAAGAUCAGACCAGCCUGAGGAGGAGCACCCUCCCAGCCACAGUUUGUCCAACUCCAAGCUAGGUCUCCAGGGUCUGGAGGAAGAGGAAGAGGAAGUGGAGGGUGACGAUGAAGAGGAGGAGGAAGGCAGCCUGACGGAGAAGUCGCACGACGAGGCGCCCGAGUCCCCGUCUCCUGUCACAACAGGAGUGUAUGAGGAGGAUGAGGAAGAAGAAGAGG